AUGACUCGAUGGACUUAUAUGCUUUUGGCAAUCUUAGCAGCCUGUCGUCUUUAUUUUCAACCUGUUUAUUCGCUGAUUUCGGAUUGUGAUGAAACCUUCAAUUACUGGGAGCCAUUGAAUUUUCUACUGCGUGGAUUCGGCAAGCAGACCUGGGAAUAUUCACCUGAGUAUUCGAUCAGAUCAUGGGCUUUUUUACUGCCGUUGUACUCACUGCUUGAACCUUUAAGGCGCGUUUUGACGCUGUACAACCUGCCUAGUUACUAUCUGUUCUACGCGGGCAGAUGUUUGUUGGGAUUAUUCAGUUUGGCGUCAGAGAUUUCACUACGAAAUGAAAUUCAGCAAACGUUGUCGCAAGACACCGCUGACGUCUGGGUCGUGCUGCAGAUUCUGAAUCCUGGUUGGUUUCAUGCUUCAGUCGAAUUACUACCGUCGUCGUUCGCCAUGGUCACUUACCUAGGCGCAAUGAAAUACACGUUAAGGUAUCUCAGCUCGAAAUCCAGUAAAUCGUUUGUCAAGAGUCUUUCUUUCGUUUUCAUUGGUGGUGUGGCAGGCUGGCCAUUUUCUUUACUCUUAGGAGUUCCACUGGUUUUGCACUAUAUACUGCUUCACAAAUUCUCACAGUCCGUUGUUACCGGGUUCCGCUCCGCAACGGUGCUUGCACUUGUCUCUGGCACAAUUUUCCUGGUUGACUCCCUGUUUUACGGGGAAUUCACACCGGUGGCAUGGAACAUUACGACAUAUAAUGUCAUUAGGGCCAAUGAAAAGAGUGGUCCUAAUAUUUUCGGAACUGAACCUUGGUACUAUUACGUUUUUAGCCUCGUGCUAAAUUUCCCAUUCCCAACGCUUUUGUUCUGUCUAACUGGCUUUGAAAAUCGCAGGAUAUGGCCAAUUACGGCUGCUCUAAUAGCAUGGAUGGCAGUUUUCCUUUCGCAGCCACACAAGGAAGAGAGGUUUUUAUACCCAGUUUAUGGGGUUAUUACUUUGUUGGCAAGCGUCGGAUUUACCAGCUGCUUGAAGAAUUUUAAAAACAGGGCGCUUGCCCCUUCCAUGGUCUCAAGUUUAGUAUUCUUGGCCUUGAUCGGUCAAUCCAUUCUACGCAUAACGGCCCUCAUCGAAAAUUAUACGGCGCCUUUGGAAAUUUACUCCAAGAUUCCCAAUGAUCUUGUUUCCAGUACCGUUUGUGUCGGUCGCGAAUGGUAUCAUUUCCCGGCAUCUUUCUUCAUGCCAGACAAUUCAAGAUUGGCGUUUGUUCAGUCCGGAUUCGAUGGAUUACUCCCAGGCAACUUCGCUGAGGGAUCAGGUAAAGUAGCUGCCAUCAGAGCUAUUCCAGACGGCAUGAAUAACGAGAACAGGUUCGAUAGCGGUAAAUUGAUAUCGACCAACGAGUGCGACUACUAUGUGGAUCAGAAUAUGGCUGCUGGUUCUACAAAAGACGCUUUUAAUCCUAACAACAUGCCAUCAGGAUGGAAGCGGAUCCAUUGCACACCGUUCAUUGAUCCAGAGAAUUCUAAAUUUUUUGGUCGCGUUUUCAAGCUUCCUCACCAGAUAACUUCGAAAAUUCCACCUAUGUUGCAAGAAGCUUGGUCCAAAAUAUAUCGUGCAUCCUAUCGUGACUAUUGCCUAUAUGGAGUACCCCGAGAGACGGUAUAG